GCAUAAUGCCAAAAGAAAAUGAAGAUUACAUAAGAAUAUAGCGGACCUCGCUCAAGAGAAGAUUGAAAAUCGAAUAACAAGAAGCAAAAGCAUCUUCCUCUGUUCCCCUUCGCCUUCCCUCUCCUUUCCUUCCAUCUUCUCAAGAAACAAACAGAAAGCACUACAAGCAACAACAUUAGCAAGAUAAUAAAGAAAUACACAAACCAAGCACCAUUACAAUCUCGAUGCCAUGGAUGAAUCUGACGACUACCCAAGGGAGUGCAACACCCAUGACGGCCGGGAAGUGAUGUCAUCAUCGUCAACAACAAGCGUCCACGUCACGGCCCUGGACGGCCUGGUCAACGUGAACUCACUCUUCACCAUCGCCGUCUUCGUGGGGCUUUCUCUGACGACUCCAGGGCAGAGGAGCCUCGCAAACCGGACAUCCUGCGACGCCGGGAUCGACGUGGCGAAGAAGCUGCUGGUGUUCGAGGUUGUCUCCUUCAGCUUCUUCCUGUUCUCAUCGCUGGUGGCGCAGGGACUGAAGUUGGCGAUCAUCCUGCUCAACAGCAAGGAUGUCGAGGACGCGUUCCGGGGCCACAUCAAUCUGAAGGUGUUGAGAUUCGGGAUGUUGGGGUCGGCUUUCGGGUCGGUCAUGGGUUGCGUGUUUCUGGUGCUGUCGAUGGUGAAUGUGAUCCAGAUCAGGCUGGGGAUGCUGUCGUGUGGCAGCAAAUCCGCCGCCCAUGCUGUGGCGGUGCUUGUUGUUUUGAUCACGACGGCUCUUUUUGUUUAUAUUUCUACUGCUGUUUAUGCUUUUCUUCACUAGCUGCUGAAUCCAUUUUUAUAUUUAUCUGUUUCUUGUUCGAUAUUGUAUAUAUUUUGUCUCCGGAUUUUGAAUAAUGGACGUAUUCCCUAUGAA